AUGGCAUCCAGCCGCGCUUCAGAAGGCAGCAUGGCACAAAACUCCGGCACCGAUGCGGCGGCCAGCGAGACCACACCCCUCCUGGCAACGUCCCCGGUCGCGCCGGCCGGUGACCCCGACGUCGCCGACGCGAUCGCGACAUCCUCACCCAAGUCGCAAGACAAGCCGUUGCCCAAGCGGCAGAUCCUGCUGCUCUGCUACGCCCGCAUGAUCGAGCCCAUCGCCUUCUUCUCCAUAUUCCCUUACAUCAACCAGAUGGUGCAGGAGAACGGCAACCUCGCCGACGACGACGUCGGCUUCUACUCGGGGCUCAUCGAGUCGCUGUUCUCGCUGACCAUGAUGGUGGUGAUGAUGUUCUGGGGCGCCGCCGCCGACCGCCUGGGCCGCAAGCCCGUGCUGGUCUUCUCGCUCGUCGGCGUCGCCCUCGCCACCGCCCUGUUCGGCCUGGCCAAGACCGUGUGGCAGAUGAUCCUUUUCCGGUGCCUGGCCGGCGUCUUCGCGGGCACUAUCGUCACCAUCCGCACCAUGAUCAGCGAGCACAGCACGAGCCAUACGCAGGCGAGGGCCUUCGGCUGGUUCGCCUUCAGCGGUAAUCUGGGCAUCCUCAUCGGGCCCCUGCUGGGAGGCGCCCUGGCCGAUCCGGCCGGUCAGUACCCCCGGACUUUUGGUGGCGUAUGGUUCUUUGAGGUGUACCCGUAUGCCCUGUCGUCCAUCGUUGUCGGAUGUAUCGGCCUCACGGCCGUGUUCACGAGCGCCUUGUUCGUCGAGGAAACGCUGCACAGGGAGCCCAAGGGCGGCAACGAAGCUGGUACCGCUCCGAAACCCCCAGCCAAGUCGACGUGGCAGUUGCUCAAGUCGCGCGGCGUCGGGGCCGUCCUCUACAACUACGGACACGUCAUGUUACUCGCCUUUGCCUACACAGCCAUCGUGCCUGUCUUCUGGUUCACCAAGGUUCACCUGGGCGGUCUCCAUUUCAGUCCCCUGCAGAUCUCGCUAUUCAUGGGCCUGACCGGCUUCUCCCAGGCCAUAUGGCUACUCGUGUUCUUCCCGCCACUGCAACACCGAUUUGGCACCAACUGGGUCAUGCGAGCAUGUGGAAACGCCUACCCCUUCUUUAUGGCCGGGAUGCCCUUCUUGAAUCUGCUCCUGCGCCAGGGGACCGACGCCGCGACGACCGCCUUCUGGGUCGUCACCCCCAUUGCCUUGGUCGUUGGUCCGGGUGUGAGCAUGGCAUUUACGGCCGCGCAGCUCGCCCUGAACGAUGUCUCGCCAUCGCCCCAGUCCCUGGGCAUGCUCAACGCAGUCGCCCUCACAAUAUCGAGCGCAUUGCGGUCCUUCUCGCCUGCCUUGUUCGCUAGUCUGUUUGCCAUUGGAGCUAAAAAUCAGUUCUUCUAUGGGUACUUCGUUUGGAUCAUCAUGGCCGUUUUGGCAUUGGGCUUCACUAUCUCGACAAGGUUUCUGCCCCAGGCAAGCGAGAAGGAUAAUGAAGACUUGACAGCAGUACAAGAGAGUCCCUCCGAGGAGGAUUCAGAUGACACUGUUCGAGGUGACUGA